AUGGAUUCCCUGUCAUUCAAUUCAACACAAUCAAGAAAAAAUAAUGAGCACACGGGGGAGUUGUGUUCCAACUUUUUUGCACAAGCAGAACAUGAUUUUUUCCUUGGCCUGUUCCGGGUUAGCACCAGUAAUGGGCAGGUCAAGCCCCACCCAAGUCAACGGGAACCAACCAUAAAAUGGAUCCAGUCACUCCACAAACAAUUUGUUGAAGUAGGGAUAGCUAGGGAGGUGCAUCCCAUCAAAGUGAUCUUGAGUGAAGCAGAAGAUACGUUUUUCAUCACGUCCUUAAAGGAGAAAUGCCGUCCUGGAGAAAUCCCCCAGCUGCCCAAGGAGGUUCUGGUUUUAGUGUACCAUGGUCAGCACAGAGUUCAAGCUUGUAAUCUCCUAACAGAUCAAGAGGAACAUUGGUGGAUUGCAGAAGUGUAUAACCCUGACCUUGAGAAGAACCAUCCGGCUGAGUUUUUAACUCAGAUGCACCUAAAAAAUGAAGAAGAAAAACGCCUUAAAAGCUCAGAUGCUGAGCGAUUCCUUGUUUUACACAAGCUGCACAAGCUGCACCGUGAUGGCAAUAUUAGCAAACAUGUCUUUGAUAACAGCUUUGCAGUGUUGACACGAUCCAUCAUCAAUCCUGCAUCUUGUCACGGUCUCAUCAAUUUACUACGCUCUGACGUGUUAGCCGAUGCUGUCAAAGACGUCUUGGAUAACUUGUUCUUACAUCCCGCUUUCAAUGCCAGUACAUGGGGAAAGAAACUUGUAAAGGGACGUUUUUAUCAGCUUGUUGCUGAUCUCCUUCAUGAGAUGAUUGCUCAGUGCAAACUGAUACAAAGCACUAGCUUACUUGUGGACUCUCAGCCUUUCCAACUUGCAUCUCAGUGCUGCACGUGGAGGUAUCUUGAAAAGUCAACACUAAAAAAAGACCAUCCAUGGACAAAGCUUCCAGGCGGGGCUUCAAGCACCCUUGAAAGGGUAAAACAGCGACUGCUUGACUUUGUUACAUUUCUCAAUCCUGAUGGAUCAGGUGAAUGGACACUUUCACAGACCGUACUCCUGCCCUCUGUGCUUACCUCUGAGCUGAUAUAUUCUGAACUUAACACCAUGUACCAUCUGACACAACAUUUGAUCAAGAUUAUUGCUGGAAGUGAAAGUUUAGAUAAAUACACAAGCAAAACGCCCCAUACCAGUGAAGAAGAUCAUCCUGUAGGGAUAAUUUCCAGGCUCAUUCGAUAUCAAACACAGGGCAAGCAGAGCAACAUUCCUCACAUGCUUAUUCACCAACUUUGGACCAACCAAGAGAUAUAUGUAUCCAAGCUAAGUCAGCACGGCAUCAGCAAUGCUCUGAGUACGGAAUCCAAGGAAUACAAUGAGCUCCUUUGUCUCAGUAAACACUGGCGUGAGCUGAUAAGCUUGCUCAAGUUAUCAAAGCUUUUGGAGGGUGUUGUUUUAUCCAAAGUCCCCAUCCCUGAUGCAGGUAGUAAAGCUGAAGCAUUACUUCUUGCGGUGCAGAAGAGGCAGAUUCAAAUGGACUUGAACCAAAGCGCUGGCAACGGUCUGGAGAUGCCUGGACCUGAAACAACCACCAAAGUGCAAGAACUGGAUAUUGACCCGCCGCUUCAACAAAGUAGACUAUCAACUUUUCUUACUGGGAGUCUUCAACCUCUUGACACGGCUAUCAAGUCCAGAAAUUUGGAAUCUACAACAUCUUCUGAUUUUCUUCCUGCCGUAAAAAGGCAAAAGGUUGAAGUUCAAGAUAUCAAUUCGGAAAACAUCUCAGAAUCAGAACAUCACUCCAGUCAGGAUGAUGAUUAUAUUCCAAGCAACAUGGAGGUAGAAGAUGGGCAAUCAGGUCUUGAGGAGACUGAAUUACAGGAGCGGGCUCUUCACAUGAGUUCAGGGGAUGCAAGAGCCUUGUCCAAUCUACUCUCGGUUAUUCAGAGUGUAGAUCACACAAGCUACUUUGGACAAGUGAUUCGCUCUCUCUCAAAUGACGGCCAGCGCUAUGCCAAACAGGGUGCCAAGGCUGUAUUGAUGGUAGAAGCUGCUGAAAAUGACUGGGAAGGUGACAAUGAUGACAGCAUGGAUGAUGACAAUGAUGGUCACAGCAACCGCAGUGGAGAUAGUAACCAUGGAUACUUGGUUCCUGACAUUAUAUUCAACCAACAAGUACAAGACAUUAGUUGGGAGAACAAGGGAUGGGAUUUGAAAUUUGACACCGAGGUGGAUCUAUUCAUCAUUGCUGGAACUACUUUGAAAACAGAUGGUACCUACAAGUUGGUCAAGAAGAUGGCUCAAAACACACAGCGGUAUGGCGGCAUAGUUGUCUACCUUGAUCAAGGCAUACCAUGCAAGAAGAUUUCCAGCUUAAUUGAUGUUCAUUUUUGCCUUGAAGCUGAUCUCUUCCCUUGCUGUUUCAAUGAAAACAAAACAAAGGAUUUAUUUCUUAAAAUCAGCCCCAGCCUCCGCACAACGGAAGAUUAUAAGUUUAUGAGGUUCUUUGACACAAUCACCACCAUCACCCCUUUUGACCAUAACAGGCACCUGUCUACCGGGUCAUCAAGCAAGAAUCACUUGGCAAAGCCCACUUUGAAGCCCUACAACAAUCACAAGAUCCUUAUUUUUCACACACCUCAAAAUGUCAAGGUUUUGAAUGAAUACAGGCAAGCUCUAGUUGAAAUUCUCAACAGAAGGGGUCAUUGGGUAGAGCUCAUCUCAAUACUUAUAGGAUCAUUUGAUAAUAUUCCCUGCAUGGAUACUGGAGGAUUUCACAUACUAUGUGUAUUGUUAACAUCCAGCGUUGUGAUUACAAAUGCCGUCCCAGCCGGUCAGGAUAUGGAGGUAGCAGAGAUGAUUCAUUUUAUGCGUCGUAUCAUACCUGCAGGCUCGGACGUGUUAUCGUUGGAGGCUGUUGUUUUUGGCUGUUACGACGCAUUCUCUCAUCUAGCACUAGCUCAGCGGUUGGAGAUGGAGCUCCAAAGGUGA